AUGACGUCGCCCGCCACGUCGCUCGAGUUGUGCGGCUUCAGCGCCGCUCGUGGCUGUUUUCUGCUGGCGCCAGCGCACUCGGACUGCUCCCGCGCCAACCAAAGCCUGUGCGCGCCAUGUGCAACGACGAGUCACCUCCUCGCGCGCGAGUUCGUGGACUUGCAGAGCUGGGACCGCCUCUUGCGUCGCGCGUCCACGUGCCAGCGGCUGCCGACCAAGCGGUUGCGCAAACUCAUGGCGACCGACUGGCGUCGAGGCGACGGAGCGGCAGGAUGGCAACGCGAGAUGCAAAAGAACGUGCGUGCGUGCGAAGACUGGCUCAAUGCUGCGUUCAGACAGCUACCGAUGCGACAGCAGCACGAGUUCCUGGACGAUGAGCUGUACGCUGCAAUGAAGCGCCAACGCGCCGCUGCUCUUGCGGACAGCAAACGUGCACGAAACUUGCAGCAGUACUUUAGCAGCGCGGAGAUGGUACAGCUCGUGGUGGCGAGCGUGCUCGAAUACGUAGCUGUGCGAGCGGUGGCGUGGCUCGAGCCGUCCUGUGGCGAUGGUCGGUUCCUCACGGCGCUAUUGCGAGCGGGCGCGCAGCAUGUUGUGGGCUACGAGAUCGACCAAAGGCUGCAGAGCCUUGCCGAGCGAAACGUGCAGCGAGCAGCGGUGGACGUUGCGGGUAUCUCCAUGACUUGUUCGGGUGAAGGUAGCAGCCGUGUACACGCACAAGUCUGUCUGGGCGACUUCCUCACUUCAAAGAGCUGUGUACCUGCAGAUAACUUCGUGGUCGCAAUUGGUAACCCGCCGUUCGGUGCAAGAGGCGAGAGCAGGAACGACCUCGUGCACGACUUCUUCCGUCAUGCUGCAAGUGCGUGGCGAGCUCGUGUCAUAGCGUUCAUCGUACCAGAGAGGUGCAGCCGACCACUGUUUGUCGAGCAGACAUUGCAGAAGCUCAACAGCGAGCGGGUCGACAGUAACGCGGCGACGGCAUUAUCCUGCUGGAUCUUGGCAAUGGAGCUGCCGCUUACCGACUACGAGUUUGAGUUUGGAGCUCACGACGUACCCAAGCGUGUCCGACAGCCGAGUCUGCUGCAGCUAUUCACUUGCGCGAGAUAA